AUGAAUUUUGGGGUCCCCGCUAAUUCGCUGCUGCUUUUCCGUGCCUGCGACGAGGGGGACUAUGAAACCGCCCGGGGGAUCCUGGAGCCCGGAGCCUCGAAAGAGUCCGGGCGGCAGAGCAGGCUGCGGUCAGAAGCGGGGUCGGAGUGCAAUACCGCGGACAUGUUGUCUCUGGUACCGGUGGACUGUACGGACGAGGAGGGCAACACCGCCCUACAGUUUGCGUCAGCCAGCGGUCAUGAGAACCUGGUCCGGUUUUUGUUACGAAAGGGGGCCUCGGUGGAUAGCCGAAACAACUACGGCUGGACCCCGCUGAUGCAGGCUGCUAGGUUUGGCCACCUGACUGUCGCCCACAUCCUGUUGGAGAACGGGGCAGAGAUCAAUGGACGGAACAGGCUAGGUGCGAGUGUUCUGACUAUGGCGGCCCGUGGGGGACACACUCAUGUAGUCAAGUUACUCCUGGAGAGCGGGGCCUACGUUGAUGACUGUGAUCAUCUGGCUGUUGCUGCGGAGGCAGUCUCAAACGGCAACAACAACAACAGCUGCAGCGCGGCUGGUUUUAGAGGUAGUGAAGGCUGUCCAGGAGGGGGCAGAGAAUUCAUGGACAUCAUAGCCCUGAUGGUGGCAUCUCAGCAUGGCCACGAGGCCUCAGUGCGCCUGCUGCUAGAAUGGGGCUCUGAUGUCAACUUUUCCCAGAAGACCACUGGCUGGGGACCACUGAUGGUGGCCACCCUCAGCGGGAAGGUGGCUGUGACUCAACAGCUGGUGGAACGUGGAGCUGACCCAGACAGGGUCAAUGUUCUGUCCAAGACGGCCUUUGAACUCGCCAUGCAGCUUAAACAGAGAGACAUCAAGGCCUAUCUGGACUCCAUCACCACUGUCCGACCACAGACAGAUGACGAUAGAAGAAGACCAGAUGUGUUCAGUGCUCUCAAGUUGGGAAAUUCCCAACUAGUCAAGGAGAUCUUGGAGGAGGAUCCUACUCAGGUGAAUUCCUCCAAUCAGGAGGGAGCGUCACCUCUCAUGAUGGCAGCAGUGAGCGGUCAGCUAGAAGUGGUGCAGCUCAUGGUGGAGAAGAACGCCGACAUAGACAAACAGGAUGGGGUCCAUGGGUGGACAGCUUUAAUGCAGGCCACCUAUCACGGUAAUAAAGACAUUGUCAAGUACCUGUUGAGUCAAGGGGCUGAUGUCAACCUUCGGGCUAAGAACGGAUACACAGCCUUUGAUUUGGUUAUGUUGCUGAACGACCCAGACACUGAGUUGGUGCGUCUGUUAGCAUCCGUGUGUAUGCAAGUAGACAAGGACAAGUCGAAACACCGCGGCAGAGCCUUAAUGACUCGCUCCAAAAGCCGACAGUCCCUCAACAACGUCCCCGUGCCGCCUGACGACAAGGGAGGCCUUAAGUCCUGGUGGAGUCGGAUGUCCAAUCGGUUCCGGCGGCUUAAGUUGACUCACACCCUGAGGCACGGCCUUUCAUCCAACCGCCUGGCUCCAUUUCCAGACGAUGCUGAAACUUCAUUGGAUGCCACGAUGAAGGCCAAUAGAAAGCCUGCUGCGGUGUCCAAUGGGGCGCUGGCACCAUCCCCUGCCCUGGGGGCGAACGACGCCAGCACUGCCUGGGCGGUCAAGAGCAAAGAUGCGGGUCUGUGCAGGGCAUCGUCAGAAAAGGAGGACUUUCUUAUAACCACAAUGCUCCGAAGUGGUGCGCCAUUGACCCGGCUGCCCAACGAUAAACUAAAAGCCGUGAUCCCUCCCUUCCUGCCUCCGUCCAACUUUGAACCGUGGAGCUCGGACCGCUCGCGUCUCCUCGGGGAGGGAAAGAGCGAGGCGCCCCGCCUGCCCAUGCCCCCCCAGAGGAAGCUGAACAGCAGCGGGAACUCCGAUAUUACGUCUAUCAGUCGUGUGGUCAGCAGGUCCAUUAAGUUUCCCAGCAUCCCCAAGGGGCCUUCCUCAUCCUCUCCUUCCAACUCUGGUCACUACCACUCCCCCCACUCCUCAGGAGGCUCCAACGGAGUGGCAGGGAUCAACCGGGACUCUCACAACCGUUCAGGGGGCAGUGCAGACAGUGUUCUGUCCCAGAUAGCUGCCCAAAGGAAGCGAGCAGCAGGCCUGAUAGAUGUGAAGGCCCAGGCUCCAGACAAACAGCACAGCCAGACACAGAGCCAACCCUCACUGCCACCCACAGCACCCGGCCUGCCGCUGCCUGAGAUAAGCCUUCCUGACAUCCACUCCCACCCCAGCCUCGUGGCUUCCGACAUCCACUCAAGAAGGAAGAUGGAGUUGAAGAAGAGACCUCAGUCAGGGAAUUCCUCCACAUCCAAGAGCACGUCGCCCACUCUGACCCCGUCUCCUUCCCCGACGCCCAAGCCUCCCACCGGGCCGGGAGACUCGCUGUCCUCCAACUCUUCCCAUCCUCGCUCCAAGAGCAGCGGCGGCUCCAGCAGUGGAACCAUAACCGAUGAAGAUGAGCUGUCUAGUAUUUUGAAGAAACUGUCCCUCGAGAAAUACCAGCCCAUAUUUGAGGAACAGGAGGUGGACAUGGAGGCAUUCCUGACUCUAACAGAUGGAGACCUGCGGGAGCUGGGCAUUAAAACGGACGGACCCAGACAACAGAUCUUGGCUGCCAUAUCAGAGCUCAAUGCUGGAAAGGGCCGAGAAAGGCAGAUCCUUCAAGAGACCAUCCAUAACUUCCAGUCUUCCUUUGGUAGCAGCGCCAGUAACCCCCGACAGCCAGGCCAACCACGCUCACCAACGGGUUGGAUGAGACACCAGGUCCGUUCCUCCAACAAAAGGUAACGCAGCAGACCUGAUGCCCACCAGGGAGUACACCAAAGGUACUUAAAAUAAGAGUAAAAUGCCGGUGACCUCUAGCCAAGGCGGGAAUAAUAUGGACGCCAGAUGUCCCAGACAACUAGCGGCGUUAGCAGAGCAAGAGGAUGCUGCAGCAAAACGACCAACCAGACCCUGAUAACCUGCCUCCAGGCACAAACUGCAUUCAAGUAUUCUUCUUAUGGAUCCUACAGCAGGAGAGGUGUGACAGGGCUGGCUGAGUCCAGUGCCCUGCUGCUAUUCGACAAAGCACACCAUGUGUGGCAAGUGAUAUUGUUUUGCCACAGUGAUACGGUUACCACGUCUACUGCUAAUGCAGCGCAUGGGUUACGCAGAGAGUUCUGUAGGACGAGAAGAUCAAAUACACAGCAGAGGGGGGGAGAGAGCCGAGAGAGAGAUUUUAAUUUUAUCUGAAAAGAAUGUGAGAAGUACAGCAUCAUGUAUUGUUUGUAAUGACAUGGCAAAGUAAGUCGGGAGAACAGAAGAGAGAGAUUCUGAGUAUAACAAUAGAAUACAAUAAAACAGAGACUAGCCAGUAGUGCUGUCAGUUAAACGCGUUAUUAACGGCGUUAAUGCAAACCCAUUUUAAUGGCGUACAUUUUUUUAUCACGAGAUUAACGUUCUUUUUGGCCUAGCAAACUUUUGAGUUUCUCU